AUGAAAGCAAGACUUGAUCCAGAUUUCUCAACAUUCUUAAUGAGAAUUGGAGAUGGAAUAGAGCAAACUAUUGAUCAAGAUGAAGUUCAGAUACCAGAAUCAAUCAACAUUCCUUUUCAAGAUGAUGAAACUUCGAUGAAUGCUCUGAUAUAUACUGUGCUCCCAAAUAUGGACUAUAUUACUUCAAUAUCAUCAUCUAUCAUCAAUCGAGCAAUAUUAAUGACAAGAAAUGAUUUUGUCCAUCAAAUUAACCAUAAAUUGAUAAUGAAAUUUCCAGGAGCAGAAAGAACCUACUUCAGCAAUGAUGAACCCUUGGACUCUUCAGUGCAAUUGCAAGAUCAAGAUCUAUUGCAUUCUCUUACACCUAACGGCCUUCCUUUGCAUGAGCUAAUACUAAAAAAGAACUGUCCAGUGAUGCUUCUCAGGAACAUCAAUCCAAGUGAGGGUCUAUCAAAUGGUACACGCCUAAUUUGUAAGGAAUUUUCAAAUAAUAUAAUUCAAGCACAGAUAGCAUUUGGCUCUUUUGUAGGAAAAAUUGUUUUCAUUCCAAGGAUACCAUUACAAGUUUCUGAUGAUGAAUUGUCUUCAGUGCCGUUCAAGAGAACUCAAUUCCACUAUGCUUGUGUUUCGCAAUGA